UCAGUCGGCGCGGGCAGGUGUGAGCGGCCGGUCAACUGCCUGGCGGGGCACGCGGCCAGCCGGCAUCCGCUAACCGCAGCUCCCACUCUCACUGCGGCUCCCCGCGCCGGGCCUGCGUCCGAGCGUCCGUCAGUCCAGCCGCGCGUGCGUCCGUCCAUCCACAGUCGUGCCGGCAUCCUGCCGCCCGCCGGCUCGGAGCUUGAAGCCCCCACCUCAUCUCUCCUGAGACGUCUCUGCUCCAAGACCCAAGUGAUCUUUGGUGACAAAGUGACGAAUCCUCACAUCAUAUUUCAGAUCUGAACAGCAAAAUGGGCUGCCAAGUACUGCUCAACAUUGGUCAUCAGGUGCUGCGGCGGAAAGUUGUGGACUGCAGCCGGGAGGAGAGCCGGCUGUCUCGCUGCUUGAACACUUUUGACCUGGUGGCGCUGGGGGUGGGCAGCACGCUGGGUGCUGGCGUCUACGUCCUUGCCGGAGCUGUGGCCCGUGAGGACGCCGGCCCUGCCAUUGUCAUCUCCUUCCUGAUCGCGGCGCUGGCCUCAGUGUUGGCCGGCCUUUGCUACGGCGAGUUUGGUGCUCGGGUCCCCAAGACAGGCUCAGCCUACCUCUACAGCUAUGUCACUGUCGGCGAGCUCUGGGCCUUCAUCACCGGCUGGAACUUAAUCCUCUCCUACAUCAUCGGUACUUCAAGCGUAGCGAGAGCCUGGAGUGCAACGUUUGACGAGCUGAUUGGCAAACCCAUCGGGGAGUUCUCAAGGAAACACAUGGCUCUGAAUGCCCCUGGAGUGCUGGCCGAAAACCCAGACAUCUUUGCUGUGAUUAUAAUCCUUAUCUUAACAGGACUUUUAACUCUUGGUGUGAAAGAGUCAGCCAUGGUCAACAAAAUAUUCACUUGUAUCAAUGUUCUGGUCCUGGGCUUCAUAAUGGUGUCAGGAUUUGUGAAAGGAUCAAUUAAAAACUGGCAACUCACGGAGGAGGAUUUCCGGAACACAUCCGGUCAUCUCUGCUUGAACAAUGACACAAAAGAAGGGAAACCUGGUGUUGGUGGAUUCAUGCCCUUUGGAUUCCCUGGCGUCCUCUCGGGGGCAGCGACCUGCUUCUAUGCCUUCGUGGGCUUUGACUGCAUCGCCACCACAGGGGAAGAAGUCAAGAACCCCCAGAAGGCGAUCCCCGUCGGGAUUGUUGCGUCCCUCCUGAUUUGCUUCAUUGCUUACUUUGGGGUGUCGGCUGCCCUCACGCUCAUGAUGCCAUACUUCUGCCUGGACAAGGACAGCCCCCUGCCGGACGCCUUCAAGCAUGUGGGCUGGGAAGGUGCCAAGUACGCGGUGGCCGUCGGCUCACUCUGUGCUCUUUCCACCAGUCUUUUAGGUUCCAUGUUUCCCAUGCCUCGAGUUAUCUAUGCCAUGGCUGAAGAUGGACUACUAUUCAAAUUUUUGGCCAAAAUCAAUGAUAGGACCAAAACACCAAUAAUCGCCACCUUAACCUCAGGUGCCAUUGCUGCUGUGAUGGCCUUCCUCUUUGACCUGAAGGACUUGGUGGACCUCAUGUCCAUUGGCACUCUCCUGGCUUACUCUUUGGUGGCUGCCUGUGUGUUGGUUUUACGAUAUCAGCCAGAGCAACCUAACAUGGUAUACCAGAUGGCCAGAACUACUGACGAGCUAGAUCAAGUAGACCAGAAUGAACUGGUGAGCACCAGUGAUUCCCAGACAGGCUUUUUACCAGAAGCAGAAAAGUUUUCUUUGAAAACCGUACUCUCACCCAAAAAUAUGGAGCCUUCCAAAUUCUCUGGGCUGAUUGUCAACAUUUCAACCAGCCUCAUAGCAAUUCUUAUCAUCACCUUCUGCAUCGUGGCUGUUCUUGGAAAGGAGGCUCUCACAGAAGGGAAGUUGUGGGCAAUCUUUUUGCUCACAGGAUCUGCCCUCCUCUGUCUGGUGGUCACGGUUAUCAUCUGGAGGCAGCCUGAGAGCAAGACCAAGCUCUCAUUUAAGGUGCCCUUCCUGCCGGUACUCCCCGUCCUGAGCAUCUUUGUGAACAUCUAUCUCAUGAUGCAGCUGGACCAAGGCACGUGGGUCCGGUUUGCAGUGUGGAUGCUGAUAGGCUUCGCCAUCUACUUCUGCUAUGGUUUAUGGCACAGCGAAGAGGCGUCCCUGGCCACUGACCAAGCAAGGACUCCUGACGGCAAUUUGGACCACUGCAAGUGACACACAGCCCCGCCCCCUAGAGGUGGCAGCAGCCCUGAGGGACGCCCGUGGAGGACCCAGGAGCACCUUGCUUUUUCCACCAGUGCGUCAGGACCCACCCACAUCCACAAAGCCCCAGCACAGCAAAAGGUGCAACUACUUGAACCGCAGCCUCAGCCCACAGCUCACGUGUCCUGCCCAGACCUGCCCUGCGGUGGGCUCACCAGGCCCGGUCACCUCUGACAGCUCCCUGGCCAGGGCCACUUGGCUGUGGCUGGCUACUGUGUCUCCUAACCUCCCUCUGAACAAAGAAAGCAACUCCUCUCGUCACCAGCUCAGUGCCCGUGCUGCGGCCUGAGGCGGAAUGGAGGUCAUCUCCUGUUACCUUGGGAAUCCAGGCCUCUCCCCAGGGAUUGUUCUGGUGUUGAACAUGUUGCCUACUCCAGACUUUUAGUAGCCAUCUCCCUGCUCAACCCCAAACAGCCGGCCAUAGAAGCAAGAUGAGUACCACAAAACAGGACGUCCCCAGCAGUUCUACCCCCAGAGCCAAACGACAGCAGUUUACUUAAAAAGGAAAAACAAGACUGGUUUCCUUCUCCCCCUUCUGCCCUCUGAGUUGCUUCUAGAAGAGGUCGUUAGGACUAUGACCCCUCCCUCACUUUCUCUUCCAGACAGAGGCUUUGCUCUGACGCUGUGACAGACCCCAGCACCCCGCCACACUCCAGCAGCAGGCCUGAGGGCAGGGGCUUCCGUCACAGACAAGGAGAAGGUAGUGUCACUGUGGGGACAAGGCGGCAGGGCCAGCUCCACUCUGCGCUGCGCAUGAAUCAGGGGUCCUCCUUCAGCUGCGUCCCCUCUGGGCCUGGGCCCGUUCUUGCUGCUUCUGGCAUUUCUCACUGCUGGCUGUUGUCUCCUGAGUAACUGGAACAUGACAACUUUAUUUACCUAAAACCGGCCUCAAAUUAGCAGAGCUUAGAACACUGUUUCCUGUAAGUCUUUGCCGUUCACUAAAUCCUGCCCUCUGACGCUUUCGGUCCAUGGCCUGAGUCUUGUGAGGUUCUCAAGGCAGGUGUCGCUCGUCCUCAGGUGGCAGUGGCCAGUUCUCCCUGCCGCUUCUGGCCCCUGACGUGAUCUGUUUGGCCCCUCUCUUACGUAUGAUCAGAUUGAGUCCUUCUGUUCGUUGCUGUGAAUCACUCCACCCAAUUAAGUUGACGCCUAAUGUUGACUUGGAAAAUGACCACAUAGUUACCCUGUGCUGUUGGUGUGUUGUUCAGGCUGUGGGGUCCACACAUGAGACAGUUGGGGUCAUAUUGCUGUCCUUCUCGUGUUUCUGUUGUCCAGAUGCCAUGGGUUUAUAUAUGACUUUGUGACCCUGCCCCGGACCUCCUGCCUCCAGAAGUCAGAGCUGUGGGGCCUGCGUCGUGUCCCAGUCCAGUGCCCUCCCCUCCCCUGGCCCCAGAGGGCUCACGGCGUUCACGCACUCCUUGUGGAUGGAAGCCAGAGGAAACAGGAAUGCUGGUCGAGUCCUCUUUCCAGUCGGAGUGUCAGUCAGGAGUCAGAGGGCCCUGUGUUGACGGGACGGGAGGGGGACGGGCAUUUUGGAUGCCCCAGAAAAUGUAAAUGCUGCUUUCGAAGCUUAGUUCCUUUCCCAUUUCUUCCCCCUCUGGCCUUUGACACAAAUCUGGUAGAAAGAAGCCUGAUAAAUUGACGGCACUUGUCUUUUCUCCCUCUGCCCCAGAAAAUUCUUGGAGAGAAAUGCAAGAAUUAGUGAAGCAGCCAAAUGGCAGGGUCAGCCAGUGGCG